CGUGCGUGCGUUUAAUUUGUGUAUUCGUGGGUGAAUGAAUUGAUAAUCAAAAGCAGUGUGAGCUGUUUUUAUCCCUUUGGCAACCUUGAGUGUUUACUUGUCGCGCGUGCAGCGGACGUUCUCAAUGCGUAGACACCAGCGGUAGACACAGUGGUCCUUCACGGAUUUGAUUUUCCGCAUAAUAUACCAAGCCCGAUAAAGCUAUGCACUCCCGUACGGUGUUCCGUAAACUCCGCCUCCUCUGGGUGAGCGGACAACCACGUGACCAGAUAGACCUGUGGCGAAAAGUUCGCUACGUUACGACUUCUGCAACGAUGGAUCAACAAACCCUUUCUCUGGGCAAUAUAAAUCCUAACCUAAUCGCUAUGGAAUACGCCGUUCGUGGUCCCAUCGUCAUCAGAGCGGGUGAAAUCGAGAAAGAACUGAAACAAGGAAAGCAGCGCAAAUUCAAGCAAGUGGUACGUGCCAACAUUGGAGACUGUCAUGCCACGGGACAAGUGCCGCUUACCUUUUUCCGUCAGGUUCUAGCAGCGUGCGCCCUCCCAUCCCUCAUGGAUACAGGCAUGCUUCCAAAGGACGUUGUUUCACAUGCCAAAGAAAUUCUGUGUGGCUGCGGGGGAACAAGUGUAGGUGCAUACUCUGACAGCGCAGGCGUCGAAGUUAUCCGUCGACACGUGGCAGAGUACAUUACAGACAGAGAUGGUCUUCCAGCAAAAUAUGAGGAUGUAAUCCUUUCCACUGGGGCAAGCGAAUCUGUUAGAUCUGUGCUGAACCUGCUUAACAAGCAUCUGAAUGGGAAGCCUCCAGGGGUGAUGAUACCCAUUCCACAAUACCCCCUCUAUUCUGCCACCUUGGCUGAAUAUGGAAUGCAUCAGAUAAAUUAUUAUUUGGAUGAAGAGAAUGCCUGGGCACUCAGUAUAAAAGAACUACAGAGGUCUCUGGAGGAGGCAAAGAAAGUGUGCGAGCCACGAGGACUCGUUGUUAUCAACCCAGGGAACCCAACAGGUUCUGUGUUAACAAAGGAAAAUAUCAAACAGGUGGUUCAGUUUGCACAAAAGAAUAAGCUGUUCAUAAUGGCUGAUGAGGUGUACCAGCAUAACAUCUACGCAGAGGGUGCAGAAUUUCAUAGCUUCCGUAAAGUAAUGCACGAUAUGGGAGAUCCUUUCAGAAGCAUGGAGCUGGCUUCCUUCAUGUCAGCAUCAAAAGGAUACAUGGGAGAGUGUGGCCUACGUGGAGGUUAUGUCGAAAUAAUCAACCUGAAUCCAGAGGUGAAAAGCGUACUACUCAAGUCAGUUUCAGCAAAACUCUGUUCUUCAGUCCUCGGGCAGGCAGCAAUGGACUGUGUUGUCAAUCCACCGAAACCUGGUGAUCCGUCCUAUGAUCUCUACAUGAAGGAAAGGACUGAGGUACUUAGUUCACUGAAAGAAAGAGCAAGGUUGGUUGCAGACACGUUCAACUCUUUUGAAGGCUUUCGGUGCAAUGAAGUGGCAGGAGCUAUGUAUGCAUUCCCACGUUUUACACUUCCACGGAAAGCCAUUGACAAGGCCAAAUCUCUCAGCCAAGAACCUGACUACUUCUACGUGAUGCAGCUGCUUGAAAACACUGGAGUCUGUGUGGUGCCUGGAAGUGGCUUUGGACAGGUGCCUGGGACUUAUCACUUUAGAACAACAAUCUUGCCACAGACUGACCAGCUCAAGAGUAUGCUGAACCACUUCAGAGAUUUCCACCAAAAGUUCAUGGAAGAGUACAAGUGAGGGCACUGUGCUGCAAUUGGCCAAGUCACCUAGGAAACAGAGAUAUAUGCAUGCAAUCCUGUGCUUUUGGUGUAAGAAUGUGUAUAAUAUUCCAUACCCAGGGCUUUCCUGAAGGCACAGCAUGUGUCAUCUCUUCUUGUGGCAAUAAUGGCCUAUAAUGGGCCGUCACAAAAAGGAGCGUAGGUUCUGUUAUCAGUCGUUUUGGCAGUAGCUCCUGUGAGGAUAUAGACGUCUGUUUUCAACCCUUAUCUCACCCCAAUGGUUACUGCUUUUCUAUAGUUGUAUGUGAGUACCUGAGUUUUUUGCAAUGUUUUUCGAAGACUGUACAUUUUCGAUGAGGUACGUAUAAUCCAUGAAGUCACCUAAUAGUUUUACAUGUUCUUGGAAUUGUUAUAGAGAGAAAUCUUGGCAUCUCUGACGUUGAUGCAGUUGGUAAUAAUAAUAACAAUAAUAGUUUGAACAACGGUCACUGCAAACGAAGUUGGACAGAAUUACAAUGAUUUCAUGCUUUCAUGAAGUGAAGGAAAAGCAGAUGAAAAACUUUUGUUGCCUAAUAGCUCACCUAUUUUUGGUGCAUGUCUAUUCAGCGUUGUAUGGCUGACAGUGUCUUCAUCACUCUAGUGGAAACAGCAGUGAUAGCAGCAGCUUCCUGGUUGUGUAUUUUUGUAUCUGUUCUGAAGGAGAAAUGCAGUUUUAUGAGUUAUGGGACACUGGUGCUUCUGCUUGCAGUAUAAUGAGCUCACACUGUAACGCACUCUCAUCAGGGAUAGAGGAAUAUGAUGUGGAUAUUGAUAAGUUGCAACUGCUGAAAUGAAGAUGUUGAGUAGAUCCUAUAAAAGCAUACUUGUGAUUAGGUUCACACUUUGUGGAGCACUGGUAUUUAUGCCAGGGUCUGCCUGGAACUAUAGUUCGUUGAACGAAAUAUUAAACAAGUCUGAUCACGAUCAACGAACAAAUAAUUGACAAUGUUGUGAUACAUUUCCUGUUGUCUCCCUUUUUCUAGAAGAAUUCCAGCUUUACAGAAAUCCUCAAGUGAACUGCUUGAUGGGUUUGCUUAUAUUGCAAAUAAUCAGGCACAUGUUGCAAGCUAUAUUUGUGUCUGCAAUUUUGCUAGUAAAUACAACAUGUCAAUGAUUUACUGAAACAUUUCUAAUUGUUGAUGAUAAAACAUCUCCAAGUGCCAUUGUGGAUACUUGAUUUAAUUGAUUACUCGCUGGAAACAAAACAGUACCUUCUGCUACUUUUGAAGUUGUAUAUUUUAAAUGUCUAUGGAAAGGGCAAAAAAUCUCUUUUAGGACAUGUUAUUUUACCUUCAACAGUUCUUUGGUCAUAGCUUUGGAUAACAGAGUGCCCACUGUAGUGUUUUGUCUGUAUGUUUUCUAGAUUUUGAAACAUACUGGCUAGUAGCACUUUAAUUGAUCCUAGCAGUAAAUCAAAUAAUACCACGGGAACUCAAUCUGAGACAGCUGAACCCCAUUUGGCGUGCCUAGAAAUAGUGGCAAAGGGUUAAAGGCGCAAUAAGGUGACAUUUAACAUCGCUCCAAGUCCUGCCUCGUCUGUCAAGCUGUCCACCAGGAGUCACCAUGCAAAAUAUUAGCUGUGCGAUCGAAUUUACAAAAAACAGUCUGAGAAAGCAGACACAGAUAGCCGACACGAUGCACAGGUGCACACGAUGCACACAUGGUGAAGGCUCUGUGCUGUUCCUUUAUUUUUGCUUCGCAGCUCAUGCACUGCUUAUACAUGCUUGAACUGUGCCUGGUCACAUGAGGGGAGUAGCAUACGUCACAAUGUCUUCUUGUUCUGCGAUGCACUCUUUUCACGACGAAGGGGACUUUUCAAAGGUGUGCGGAUCAGAGCCCUCCCUCUGUAGGUCACCUGCGCUCGUCUUUCUUUUGCAGGAACUGAUUUUAUUCGUUGAACACACUGCACCGAAAAACUAAAAAAAAUUUUGGGGUCACCUCAGAGCUCCUUUAAGGGCAGUUCCCACAUAUAGCAAUUUGCUGCACAGCGCUAUGUUUUCCUCCUCUCAGAUCUGCAAACCGCUAUAAAAGAACGCUUGUCCACGUAGAGCCCCUAUCAACGUUUCUUGCGCUAUGCGUUAACCACUCGGGAGCUUCUUUCAGUGGUGACGUCACGGAAGCUGGGGUUUGUUUUCCUUCUGGCCACUCGGAGCAGCAAUCAGAUGGGAAGGUGACGAUGUGAAAAUGGCCAAUAAUUUCAUCCGCAAGCGCGUACUAUUCUCAGCAUCAAAAGUUACACCGCGGUGCUGCAGAUACCCGAUGCGGACACUAAACAAUGACAGUAGUACCGGUGCAUCACGUUGCAACGAGAUUUCCCGUGACCCGAGCAGGAUAGCGCUAUGUGCACAGUUGUAUGUGUGAACUGCAAGCCGAAAAACAGCUCUAGGUUUCGAGCGCUAUAGAGCGAAGUGCGGUAUGUGGGAAGUGGCCUUUAUGCUGCAAUGUCAGCUGAGGCUAAGCGUCUACAGAGACACAAAUCAUGUCACACACACGUGACACACUUGUGUCUCAUCUGUUAUUGAAUAGGAUUGAAUUUUAUUUAUUAUAAGAGUGACGCGUUGCUGUAAUUUUAGCCUGUCUUUUGCAAACCAUAUACUAUCUAGUUUUUAACAUGUACUAAUAGAAAUGGUGCAAAUAAUAGAUGUACAUAUUUAUACUAAGUCUGCAGGUGUGCGCUCUAUACCUUGAUUGACGUUAUGGUAGGCUCAAUUGGUAUGAAAAUACGAAACUUUGUAUGACACAUGAAACAGCGACCUUUUAUAAGUCAUGUAAUGCUACAGUUCUUGCAGUGAGGAACCUGAAUUCAUGUAGAUGUAUAUUUCUUUGUGUAAUCGAACUGACUCUCAGUCGUUGGAAAAUGCCCGAUAAUUGGAGUGCAGAAACGUACGCAGUGAUUUAAUUGAACAAGGUUACAAAGACACGUUUACUUUUGAAAUGUUAAGCUAGUUAAGACCAUUACUUAUAAGCAGGAAGUGACUUUCUCGGGUUAAAUGCCUUUCUCAGAAUUGGGGGGUACGGGCGCUAUUCUUAAACCUGUAAUUCGUGGAGAAAUCGGGCGAUAAUUGUGCCUUCGGGUGUUAUCGGGUGUUUUUGUUUCUCAUCUUGUCUAUCCAGUCCUUUCCUAAUGUUUUUCUUCUUCUUUGUUUCUUUUUUUUUUUGGGGGGGGGGGGGGGGUGACUUACCAGCGCUAAUCCCCGAAGGCAUAGACAGCGUUUUGGCCCAUUAUUGGACCAAUAUUGGGCCAAGAUGUUGUACUGCUUGGGAGUGCUGACACACAUGGGUGUAUUGCUGGGAACGUAAGUGACCCAUUCUUACAUGUGUUACACGUGGCGACCUUUGUUCAUCUCCAGUGGAAGUGUCACUUGAGGGUUUCAUAGUGAUUGGAAUUCGGGGAGAAAUCACCCGAAUUGGCCGGAGGUCAGUUCAGGGGGGAAUGACCGGGUAGAAUCUGGUUUAACCCGAAAAAAUCACUCCCUACUUAUAAAUAUGAUCCCAUCAAAGUCAUUGAAAAAUGUUCAAUAAUUGGAGUGUGUGCAUACACAGUGGUUAAAUUGUGCAAGAUUGCAGACACACAUUUACUUUCAAAAUUUUAAAUCUAGCAUAAUAGUUAAGACCAUUACUUAUAAAUAGGUUUUCUUGUUUUUUGCGGGUAUAAUUUUUGAAACCUUCUGAAACUCGGCAAAAAAUGAGCGCAAAGCCAACUUACAGUGAUGCAAGUUUGAAUUGGCCUUGACGACCACUAGUUUCCCUAACUGAAGGAGAUGCUACUGUCAUUGCUAUAUGACAGUGUGUAAUUCACAAUUGGAUAUCGUGGUGAGCUCCACCCUCACCAGGUAGUGGGUGUUGCUUCAUGAACCAGUGCCACUUUUGCCAAAUGCACCUCACCAAAUUUCCCAAAACCAUUGACAUAUCCCUCUGUUGGUUUUAUUCUAACCACGAAGGGCAAUUUAUUUAUUGGAUGACCCUGACUUGUUGCAAAGUGGAUAGGUUGCAGCAGGUGAGUGUCAGUCAUAAUAUUCGUAUUUCAGAAAACUAAUGUUUCUUGUAUACACACGUUUUAUAAAGGUGCCAGUUUCUACAGAGAUCAACAAUCAGAGCAUGCAAAGCAAACAAAAUAAGCGUAAUGCAAGAUCACAAGAUGGUUUUGCAUGACUGCUGACUUAGCAUGCUGCUGAAGCAGGAACUGCAUGUUUUUAGAAUAAAUUGCUCUGCUCAGCCCUGUUUUACAAAUUAUCUGCAGGAAUGUCAAUAAGGGCGCGUUUUUCAUUGCUGCACAGGCAAGCGGUUCCGAAUAUAAGAAUAGACGACCGAAAAUUUCGGUGCUCUUUGCGCACGCAUUGCAUCCUGGGCGCUUGCUGAGCGGGGGAACAAAGAAUAAUCCUUCACAUUUUGCUUUCGCUGUCCUUGACACAUCGUGGACAAUGGACCGGUAGGGGAGAAAUCUGAACGGUUUGGAGGCCACCCGGUUCUUUCGUAUUCGUAAACUCCCACAGUUCAAAGCGGCGCUAAGCACUCUGGGAUUUUCUGAACUCUUGUAUUGAUGGAACAUUGCAAGUGAGUUGUGGCAGAACUAUGAUCGCCUUGCAAUGCUCAACUCCGUUUGUAUUUCAUUGCCACCGAUCACCUGCCAUAGCAAAGUGCUCAUCUGCUUGCAGUGGUGGUUGCAAUUUGUGUUUGAGUAUGCAGUGAAGGCUGAGCUUAUGUUCCAGGCGCAUAGCUUCUCCGCUCACUCUGUGCCACGAUUUCUGCAUUAGGCACAAGGCCUUAGGUUUGUGUUGUAUCUGGUUUGCCUGUAUUUGCACAUGUAUUUUUAUUAUAUUUGUACAUGCUUAGCUUUUACUUUAUCUGUGUUACACCUGAUAAAUGGUAGACAUCAUCCCCAGUUUCUCCACCUUAUUGCAUAAUUUCGUGGCACACAGCACUACAAAUAUGGCGUGAACCUUGGCAAUGACCUUAUGGAAGAACAAAGUUAGGGAAAUUUGCUGCCAUGAAAGUUCCACCACUGUCAUGAUAUAAACACAUUCGAAAUUUUCGAAUAUUCGUAAAAGUUCGAAUAUUCGAUUUUUUUUUUCGAAUAUCAUCGCAGCAUAAAACAAAGCUGUUGCGGGCUGCGCACUGGAAUUUGUACGUUGCGCGGCGCGCGAAACUUCCGAGGUACGCUCAUCUGCGAAUGCGUCGCUACACGUUCGGUAAGCGAAACCGAAACUAAUACACAGUUGCGUGCAACCGCCAUUUUAAAGUGCGCGGUCCAUCCCAGCCAAACGCGGAACCGCGAUACGCUUUAUGCCUCGUCAGCACAGCCGUGGCUUUGGUGGAUUGCCAACAAACUCUGAACAUUCGUGUGAGGUGGUGUCAUUACAGUUCGGUGAAAUUCCGGCUAAAUAUCGAAAUUUUGUUGACGUUGAGCUGAAUGUGCCACUGCAUGUGCACCCAAAACCCGCAUAUCAAACGCGUUUUUUCGGUUUCGAUGGUAGUCGGCGAUGUGGUCAUGGUCACGUGCGAUGACGGCGAUAAUCGAGAAGUGGCACGUGACGAUAUUUCGACAUAGUUCUCCAACUCCGGCGCUUUGCGACCGCCGACCGUAUGUUAAAAGUGCCAACUAGGGCGGCAAUAACACUUCAAAGUCAUUUGAAAUCGCACUAACUGUUCUUACACAUGAUGGCAAGACGCACUGAGCGAUUUUGCUCGCGACUCGCGCGCGUCGGCGUUGGCGUGACUAAGUUUUGAGGCGCGCGCGCGCGCAGAUUUUCGCCGUCAAAUGAAAGAAGCGCUAAACACGAACGUCGCGGAAACAGUCACGCGUGAUGAGCACAGUCAUACAACAUCGUCGAGGAUUUAUUGCGGUUUUAUUGCGCUAAUGAAUGUGGCUGUUCCAAACUAUGCAUUACUGUCAGGAACGCGUCUUACGCGUGAGCACAUUAAAACCAUGCAGUUUCUCGCUUACACGACAAGUCAGUGGAAGUACUGUCAGUGCAAAAAGAGGGCAUUUGCCACCUUAAUUUUCCUUCUGAUAUGGGCUCAUCACUAAAUCCUCCCACAUCGCCCUUUACUUCAAUUCUGUCAGUUUCUACAGCACUUUCAGUGCCAACACAGGUGUUCACUGUUCAUUUUUGAUUUCAUUCAUUGAAGAUUUUUGAAGUGCAAGUUGUUUUUAAGGUUUUCAGCUUCCCUCACGAAAACAGCACAUUGUUUUAUUGUAAAAAAUAAUUUGACUGUAUGUGCGCACAUAGGCAUGUAUGCCUUAUGCUAAGCCCAUACAUUACAUAUUCCUUAUUAGCUCUUGGGGCAUUUUUCUAAGGAUGAGCAGAACAGAACGCUAACCAUGCUUGUUUUCGGGGCUUAAUUGUUACCCUUAGAAGCCUUUAUCCUGUGACGUGAUAUUCGAUAUUCGAUUCGAUAUUCAAAGGGCAAUUUUGCAGAUAUUCGUAUUCGAUACGUAUUCGAAAAUUUCAAUAUUCGCACACCUCUAAUAUAAAGCUGUAGCAUAAGCUUUUUAUAGUACACAAGUACAGUUUACUCGGCAAACAAAUACUGGUUUAUCUUUUACUAGUUAUCAUGAUUAACUUGUUACUAGCCUUGUUACUUAUGCCUCUUGAAAUUCAUGUUGAUGCAAAAAAAAAAAAGAAAAAAAGCGUUUUGUUUGCAGUUGCCUGGCUUGGUUAUUUUGAGGACUAGACAUAUGUAUUUAUGAUUCAAUUACAAACACUGCAUGUGGCUGUCUAAGCAGAACACCGUAGUCCAUGAAACAGUGUUUCGUGCUACUUCACUCAAACAGUUCUACGUUACAUGACGCGACACAAUAUGAAUAAUAAUUAUAAUUUGUUGCUUUAUGUCCCGAGACAACUAUGACCAUGCCACAGUUAUCAGUUUGUGGAUUAAUUUUGCGCACCUGGGGGAUGUCGAAGUCUCACACAUGAUAUGAACCGUCGAUGGUAGUACGUGCAAAACAGAUUACAUAAAUACAUCAAUAUGUGAAAUCAGUGGUUUAAUACAUUUACCGUAGUUUAACCUCACCGAGUCGUGUGAAGGGAACGAAAGGUAUUUGUUCAUGUGGAGACACCUUUAUACAAAGAAUAAAUACAUUUUAAACAUGCUCUUUUACGUAGAUAUUGUGGUCCCAAUAUCUAAUCAUGUAGUGUAUCGUGAAUAUUAAUGCAUUUAAUCAUGUAUGUGGUCAUGUCCGGAUAUCUAAUCAUAUCUGUGACGGACGACAUGUGACUAAUGGCGUGUAGAUUUCGUUUGAUUCAGGUUUUAUUGGCGCAUCAGCUACUAGGGCCGACAUGUGUAGAGCUGGGAUUAGCGAGACAGAAAAUGCUGAAAAAAAAAAAAAAAGAAAACGCGACACUUUCCGGGACAACGUAUACCAAUCUCUCAAUAUGUCCAAAUUGCUGUUAUUAGUUGUAGAUCAUUCUAAGUUGUUUUGCAUCACCGAGACCGACAUUCUUGUGCAUUGAAGGAUAUGGUCAGGAACGUUUCAAGCGUGUCUUUUUGCUCAGGCUGUGACUUUUCUCCAUUAACAUAUUCUUUAAGUCUGAGAACGAUCGCUCUACUUCUACAGAGAUGAGAUACAAUAAUCUGAGUCCUCGUUUUCCAUUCAAAGUCAUUUAGAGUUCUUGGUGAACGUACCCACUCUACGUCAGGGUUUUUCUCAAGUGACAUACGAAGCCCAACGUGCGCUCAAACCCGCUGGUGACGCAGUUUUGGCGCGGAUGGGGCACGCGCACGAAAAUCCCACCGUGUAGGAGAGGUUGUGAAAAAAUGCAACUAUUGCUCCUUCUCAAUGCCAAAUGGUAAAACCACAUUGUCUACAGGACAUUUACGAGAAAGUCUAGACAACUGGGGCAGUCUAUAAUCUUCCCGGGAUACUCAGCACAAAUUCAGGGCAAUCAAGUUGAUGAAAGCCUUGGACAUUUUUCAAUAUUGGGACAUGCCCCGAAAAUCCCAACUCUAGACAUAUGGCUACAUGUGAUAAUCUGGGCGGAUAAGCGCCGAAUGUUGUUUUCACAGUGUGGAUUCCAGACUUUUGCAGCGUAUUCUAGGACAGGUCUUACUGGUGUCCUGUAAGUGUUUAUUUUGACAGCUGGGGAGGAGUUUCAUAUUUUACAAGUUCGAAAGAAAGCUUUUUUAAAUGCCCUAGCGCACAUAUAUUCAAUAUAGCCAUCCCAGAUAUGUUAUCUCUCUGAACAGAUACGGUAUCAGCAAAGUUGUGAAACUUCUUAGGUAGCUUUGUUUAAGGGUUGAAGUGCACAACAAGUUUACACAUGUAAUGUGUCACUCAAGCUCCCCAACACACGAUACAAUACCUGGAAAUCUUAUAUAAAUGCGAAGGUACAUAAGUAAAUUGAGUUAAGCUCCAUUUCACAUUCACCUCACUUAGUUAAAAGAGAGCAUAUAUAUUUUUGAAUAUUCCAGCAACAAACCUUUCUAUUUGAUAGUGAGUGGGGAAAAGCACUCCGCGGCAUAAAUCAGUCUUAACAGAACCUGGUUUCCACACAUGAAACAUGUAUAUUCACUCUUGUGAUUGUUUACUUGGAUUUCUCACUGCCAAUAACAAUUUGCCUUGUGUAAACCAACGCCUGAUUCGUCGACUUUAAAAAGACGAUAGUUGCGUCCUGGUGCACCAGAUUUCUAAGUUGACUGCUCUACAUGGAUGUUUCUGGUAUGUAGAAGCGUAUUAUACUGCAUGUAACAGUGCACACUGUGGUGCAUACGGUGAAUAAAAUUGUGGAUGUUGUCA